UAGCUACGUACAACAUACAACCCAUCAUAUAUUACAUACAUGCCGUAUGCACUAUCUCUUUCUGAUCAGAAGUAAUGGGCAUUCUUUUAAUACUUAUAAUCUUAGCUAUAUCUUCAUGUCAUAUUAGCCUAAAUGAAGCAAACCAUCUUCCUCAACAAAGAAAACGUCAACCUUUAAAACAAUGCAACAUAUAUAAAGGUCAUUGGGCGUGGGAUGCUUCAUAUCCUAUGUAUGAUUCCUCAAAAUGUCCAGACAUUCGCAGAGAAUUCGACUGUCUCAAAUAUGGUCGUACAGAUAAGUAUUAUCUCAAGUACAGGUGGCAGCCAGAUGAUUGUGAUAUUCCCAGGUUUGAUGGGGUGGAUUUCUUAACGAGGAUGAGGGGAAAGAAGAUAAUGUAUGUUGGGGAUUCACUUAGUCUUAACAAUUGGCAGUCAUUAGUAUGCAUGCUUCAUGCUGCUGUACCAAACUCCAAUAUUACACGAGGAUCAAUUGGUGGAAUCAAAUCCUGGAUUUUCGAGGAUUAUAAUGUAUCAGUAAUGAUGUACUCUUCUUUAUUACUGGUUGACAUUGAUAAUGAGCCAAUCGGCCGAGUUUUGAAGCUCAAUUCAGUUAAGCGUAGUGGCAAAGUUUGGAAGGAGAUCGACGUUUUAGUCUUCAAUACUUGGCUUUGGUGGUCUAUCAAGGGCAUUAAGCAACCAUGGGACUAUAUUCAAGAUGGGAUAGAGAUACAAAAGGAUAUGAACCGCAUGGUUGCAUUUGAAAAAGCAUUAAUAACAUGGGCAAAAUGGGUUGAUGCUGAAAUAGAUCCGAACAAGACUAGAGUUCUCUUUCAAGGAAUCAAUCCUACCCAUUACAAUGGAAAGGAGUGGAAUGACACAAGCGCGAUUGGUUGUUCUAAGGAGACGAUGCCUAUAAAAGGAUCAACAUACCCAGGUGGAGAAACCCCAGCAUUAGGAGUUGUGAAACAAGUGCUAAGCAAUAUAUCAAAACCUGUUUAUUUACUUGAUAUCACAACUCUCUCACAAUUAAGAAAAGAUGGGCAUCCAGCAUCUUAUAAUGGUUUUCAAGGAAUGGAUUGCAAUCACUGGUGUGUAGCUGGCCUUCCUGAUACUUGGAAUCAACUAUUAUAUACAACUCUUAUCAUGUGACAUGCAUAUAUAUUAUACCUACGUGAUAUUAUAUA